GGAGCGCUGUUGGGCAUUGCUGAGGACUGAAUGUUCACAUCGAAACCGCUGCGAACUAGCUGCCUCUUUCCUCUGUCACCCUAAGCCAUCAUGGUCAGCGCCAUGGCUGCACGGAUCAAGCCUUAUGCCUGGCUCUGCCGGGCAGCCGGCGUUUUCUUUAUCAGAGAUCUUCAGUGCGGAAGCGCAAAAGAUGUGGUGGUCAGCUGGAAGUCCUGGUACACCCUCUACUCAGCCGGCUGCCUUCUGACCUUUACACUGGCUGAGCUGUACUUCGUCGCAAACAACUCCCUCCGCCUCUUCACCACAGUUCGUUCUUUCACGAAGUCUCUCGUGUUAGUCAUCCCGACGGUCGUGGCCUUCAAGGUGGUUGUGAACAUCGCAAGCGCCGUGUUCGGCUCCUGGACCAUGCUGGAGUUUUUCAAGAAAUCGGCGGAACACGAGAUGAGGACGGCGUUCGAUUGGAAGAAAUAUCAAUGGAGUUGUCGCCUCAGCUACACACUGAGGUGCGUUCAUCCUGUAGUUCAGUAAAAUAUAUCGCUGACAAGGUUGUUGCCCGUUUGUUUAAGAGGGCUAAAAACUUUCUCCACGGCCACAACUAGAGCCUGUGUAACACAAAAAGCGCUAAGAAUCGUUCAAACGUAUUACUUUAUGGCCGAUGACCCAACUGUAAAAUUUAAGCAGGUUAGUCGUAAAACGCCAAGUCAAUCUGACAGAAGUUCUGCGAAAAGCACAAGCUUAGAGAAGCACGUCAAUAAAAUGUUCAGGAAAUGGGUGCACAGUUUGCCAUUUUCUUAUUAAACAUUUCUAAUGCACUGCGAGAGAGAAUAUAUGAAAAAUGUCAUUUCUUCACAGAUUCUUCGUUGCAAUUUUCUUUUUCGCGCACCUGGUUGCCAACGCCAACAUCACCAUCAGGCUGCUCAACGUCGAGGGCGACGCCUUCCUUGAGUUCGUGCUCAAGGGCACCAUGCUCUUGUUCAACUUUCUCUUCUUCGCGUACGACAUGAUGCAUUUCAUCAUUCUGAGGCCCUGUUGCGAGGUUCUUAUAAGCUACGUUCACCAGGAGCAGGACACGCUCAAAAGAAUUCUCGCGGUAGGCGAGAAAUCGACCUUCAAGAUCACGACGCUCAUCUCGGAGUUGGAUAGGGUGAGGCUGAACCUUUCCUCGAUCGUGCAUCUGAGGAGAGUGCUCAACUCGGCCUGGCAGUUCUCAAUCAUGGCUUCCGUUGUAGUUCUCUUGAUUGUGGCUUGCAUAUGCGUCUACAGUGUGUUCGACGAAGGUGUCCCUAAAGACCAACUCCUGCUGACCAUGUCAUACUGCGGCUAUGCCACCAUCGACUUCGUUGAUGUCGCACGGCUGAGUCAGAAGAUGGCAAACGAGACACUAAAGAUGAAGGAGAGCCUGACGAAGGCUGCUGUGUUCCAUGACUCACCUGCGGAAUUCCGUCAGGUUGCCUAUCUGCGCAGCUCUAUUCGUCCAGGCGAAAUGUUCCUAACUGGGGGGAAUUUUUUCACUCUUAACAUGCCCCUUCUUGUGUCGCUUGCAGGCUCCAUAAUCACAUACUCCGUCAUCUUGGUCCAAACAAGCGACAGCGUGGAAAAUAUGACGACAGCGAGGUCAUACCAUAGCGCACCGGGAGCGCCGUCGUGAACAGCAUACGCCGCAGUUUCGCAUAAGACAUUCAAUUAAAUACAUACACAGUAAUACACCUAAGUUGUCUCA